UUUUUUCUACGUUUUUUUUUCAUUAAAGUGAAAUUAUCUAAAACUGCUUUUACAAUUUUGAACAAUAUUGUCUUUCUUUAAUUGAUGUAAUAAGUCUCUCCUCUCUCCUCCACUGAAGUUCAUUCAUCUGCUCUCUGCAAACACAAGAAGAGUUUUCUGCUCCAAAACGCAGAUUCUCCUCUGAACUCCAUCAUUGAACUUCAACACUUUCUGACUGAAACCAGCUCACCAAGAACACAAGAUCUGCACUUGAUCUGAUCAGAACUGGAUUAUUUAAACUCUGGAAUGAAAUAACUCAGUGGGAUUAUAUUAGUUUGCUUCUUCCCACUCCUUUUCAAGCAUUGAUUCAAACUCUUCUAAACUUUUGCUAAUAAUCACUGUAUUUAAGGAAUCAAAUGUUACUGAAGUGUUUUUAUUUUUUGCUUUUUCUUUAAUCAGUGCAUUUCAUUUUUUCUGUAAUGAGUUUUAUUUUCAUUUUUGAAAAUAUACAAACAUAAAUUUCAUAUCUCUAUGUCUCCAUUCUAAAAUUAUUUGUUUCAGACCAUAAGAAAGAUGUUAAGAGAUUCUGAAAGUGCCAAUCAUCAUCUCAUCACCUCCUUAUCUCAUGUGGAGAUCUCAUUGUCUGACUCCAUAAAAGAACCGAGGCCAUCAGAGUGUUUAAGGUUAGAAGUUUAAGUGAAAACGAAUCCUCUCAUGGGAGCAGCUACAAAAGUUCACACUGCUAUUUAAAGAUCUCAUGAUAAUAAGGAGGCUUGAGUGGAAUCUUGAAAAGACAGAGGCAUACAAACACACCUCAACGCGAAUCAUUGAUGCCCUAAAUUCCUCUGGUCAUCACAGAGAGAGAGAGAGAGAGAGAGAGAGAGAGAGAGAGAAAAAGAGAGAGAGAGCCUCUCAGGAGGUCUGAGCGUCUGACAUCUCCCAAAGGCUUUUAUUUUGAAGAGUCUGCUUCGGAGACAGGGUCCCAUUCCAGUCCCUCCCCAGUGUUUAUUAAUAAACCCAAACAGAUCUGAGGUAGUCAUGGUCACGCAUAGCAGCACCACGGCUAAGAGGGAGGAGGCCAACUGUCGGUACCCCCUCCCCAAACUCAUCUGAGCUCAUUCCCCCCCACAGUGAGUCUGUGUUGGGCUCCGAAGAACAGCUUCUUCCUGUGAGACUCCAUCGCCAGGAGGAGACGUGGAUCUGUGAUGCUCAGACGGUUUCACUGCUUCUUGACUGUCACACAAAGAAUCAGGUUAAACUGAUGGAUGACAGUCAGGAUGACCGUCCUUCUGGUCUCUCGCCGCUCUUCAUCCAAGAGGAAGAUUCAAACAGAUCCGUCAUGGAACAUGGGGAGAGCAGCAAACAGCCAUCAGGCUCAGCAGAAGCACGGCUGAAAGACUCUGCUCAGAUGAAGCCGUACCUGCAGGAGAUGGACGACCUGCUGAAGAGCUGCUCGGAGCUGACUGGGAUUUCUGUGAGUUCUCACAGAAAAGAGAGAGCUGAGGUUUCAAGUGAAGCUUCUGAAGAAUCUUCCUUCCAGGCUUAUCUGUCCACCAGCUACAUUGACACGCAUAUGGAUGGAGCAAGAGCUGGAUCAGAACCGGGACUCGGCAGCAGAGGUGGUGCAACAGAGGCGUCUCCUCUGACUUCAGCUGGAAGCAGACUGAGUCAGAGCAUGGUGGAGUAUGAAAGUCAGCUGAUGGGGAUGCUGGCCAUGCUGGAGAGGUGCAUGGAGGAGGCUGGCAUGGACUUUGAGCCUCAAGACUGGACACCAGAUUCAGCUCAGGAGUACGUGCACAUCAGCAAGAACCCUCGCUGUUACAGAGGCACCACCCUUAGAGCUUUCAUCCCAGAAGAGAUGGACACACAUCCAACGCAGUCAGAAUCCUCUCCAGAAGAAGACACAGUUUCCAUGGAUGAUGAAAGCAAAAACCAGGAGAAUCCUCCACUCAGCUGUCAGAAGAUGGACCGCUUUACAAAGGAGAAACUAAAUCAUCCUCCAGUCUUUAUGUUUUCAGGUCUACUGCUGUCUACAGAGAAAACCGGGGAGCAUUCAGGAUUCUGUGAUGAAACACCAGAAACAGGACUGAGUGGGAUCGACUCACAAGAAGCUGAGAGCCAAGAAAUCAGAAAGACGUUCAGUCAGGAAUGCGCUCUGAGUAGAUUAGGAAACCUUGAUUCUGCGAUGGACGUCUGCAUAGAUCAAGUGGAGCAGCUAGAGAGGAAGAGGAGGGAACUGUUGGAGGAGGUCCUGCGUCUGCGAAGCCAGAAAGAUAAAGAAGAAGAAGAGGAGCAGAGCCAGAAUGAAGAGGAGUCAGAGGAGUUGAUGGAAAGCAAAGUCGUGGAGCUGAUGAGCGUUUUCAGGAAGGAAGAGGAGGCAAGGCGAGAGGAGAGGAAAAGGGAGAUUCAAGGUCUGAAAGAAGACAGAGCUGAGGAGGAGAAGAAGGUGUGGAAGAUGGACCUCGAGAGGCAGGGGCUGCAGGAGCAGAUCAGGACACUGAAGAGCAGGCUCUUCUCACUGGUCAGGGACUGCGUGUUCAGUCAGGCAGCUCUGAACCACCAACGCCGUCAGCUGGAGCUGCAGAAGAGAGAAGAGGAAAGACUACAGGGCCUCCUGCUCCAGCUGACGGAGGACGGCUGCCGGCUCAGGUCAGAACAUCAGCAACAUCUCAAAGAACUGCAAACUAAGCUGGAUGCCCUGAACUCAAGGAGCUGCAGCUCUCAGGAGGAGCUGGGGAGGUGCAGGAGGCGCUCCUGUGGAGACGUGGAGCAGUUCAUGCAAAGGGAGCGCAAAGCACUGGAGGACAGGUUUGAGCCCAUUUUGCUGGCCCUGUUGAAAAGGAGAGAUGCAACAGCUGACGCUCUGCUGCAGGCAAAGGAGCAGAGCCAGGAGCUGAGGGGGCAGCUUACUCCUCUGAGAGAGGAGGUCCAGAAACUCCUACUGCAGAGGGCCUGUCUGGGGGAGAAAGUCAAACUCAUUCAGCUUCAGCGGCAGGAGGAGGCACAGCGCUUUAAGGAAAAAGUCUUCCAUCUGGAGGAGAACAGCAGAACCAUUAGGAUGGAGUUAGAAAUUCAGAGGAGAAAAAACAAAGAGAUGGAGGAGACGAGGGAGAUCCUCUCCAAGCAGCUCCUGCUUCACAGGGCUGCAAAUGAAGACGGAAACGAUCAAGAGGAGAAAACAUGAUUUUCAUGAUGAGUUUAUUACUUGACUUUUUCUUUUUUUUUCCUCUAGAGUUUAUUUUUGCACUUGGAUUCAAAGACGAGAACGUUUGGCUUUAACAGUUGGUUUUUGUAGAGAGGGUUUUUUGAGGUGAAUAAAGGCCUGUGUUUAUUUCAC